GUUGGAAAGUGUGAGAGAAAAUGGCAGACGUCUCUUUAGAUGAAGUUAUACGACAGCGCGGUAUUAACCUCAAAGCUCCAGCCAAACGGCCCAUGUUUGGACGGGGUCCAGGAGGGGAUGGCAAAAGUUUUGAUGCCCGGCAGAAGAUCGGGGCGAAUGAUGUUAGGCAGCGACUUGGAGGAGGAGGAGGCCCUGGUUUUCAAGUGAAAGAUGCCAGAGAGAAGUUGGGUCAGAAAGAUGCUCGCUUCAAAAUCCGUGGCAGGGGAGGAGCAGGAGCAGGAGCGGUGCAGGAUGCCCGUCAGAUGAUCAACUCACGCAAACAGGGCCAGAAUCAGUUCAGCGUCCCUCCACAGAUCAUUCAGAAGACAGCAGCAGCAGCACACCAACUACAGAGCCAUACGCACGUACCGCAGAUACAGAUACAGACCAACAACAAUCUUGCUGGUGUGAACGCUCGGCAGUUUGCCCCGAAUGUACAAGGACUGAGUUUGAGGGGCACCGUUGCGCCACAGCUGAGUAAUAGCAAGAGAAUGAUGGAUGCUCGUGAUAGGCUGAGCCUCAAGAGGAGCAUUGGAGGUGGAGGGACACAGAUACAAACGGCUGCUGCACCACCUCUAAAAAUAACCAAGACCAUCCAGCAACGUCCAGUCGGGAUGUCUGGUGGGAUCCGUGCAGCUACUCAGCCCAUGUUGAAUGAGCUUGACGGCGCCCCAAGUAAACAAAUAAAGAUCACUACUCCUAACAAUAUGCUACAAGCGAGGCCUGGUACAGGGGGCUCCCUAUUCUCCAUGUCAGCCCCCAUCACCAAAGUGGUUAAGAAUGAUGCUUACACAGCCCCACGUCCUCCUGUCCCCGUGGCUCCCACUCGGCCCACCACCAGCAUGGCUGCCGCCCGGUCCUCAGCUGCAGCCUUACAGCCAGUCUCCAGGACUCUUCAGCAGAGCACAGCAGAAACCAGCACAACAGCUCCCACCCCCCCUCAGCCUGCUUUCAGCCCUUUGGAGGGGACGAAAAUAACGGUGAACAACUUGCAUCCCCGGGUCACCGAGGAAGACAUCGUGGAGCUGUUCUGUGUGUGCGGUGCCUUAAAGCGAGCACGGCUGGUGAAGGUGGGCGUAGCUGAAGUGGUGUUUGUCCGUAAAGAGGAUGCUGUGAGCGCAUACAGAAAGUACAACAACCGCUGUUUGGACGGCCAACCGAUGAAGUGUAACCUUCAUAUUCAGGGAAAUGUCAUCACUUCUGAUCAGCCCAUUCUAUUGUAAGUGAGCCCACGAGGCUUCUGACCGAGUUUACAUGCGUGCUUUAUUUAGCAUGUUUCCAGUGAGCUGCCAUUUACCUUUAAGCUGAUUGAACACAGCUUAUGUCCACCAUUUAUUUCUCAGCGUUAUUAGCAUUUGAAUUAGCAUUUAGCACCGUGGAUGCCAGUGGCUGCUGCUGUGUUCUGGGUCUUGCAUUAUUCACUCACAGGGUUGUUUAGUGUUUGUAUUUGAAUAAUUCUGAUGACUUGAGGGGCAGAUGGUUAGAGUUACUACAACACUGAAAUUCUGGAUAGUAAUAAUAAUAAUAACCUGAUGAUAGAAGCUGUUCUCUCUACAUAUGUUUAGUAACAUUUUUUAAGUGUUUUUAAAAUGUCAUAUUAAUAAAAGUACUUCCUCCACGACUGCUCACGUCUGUCAAGAUGGAGACGAGUGUGUUUGUUGGUUGGAGUGAGUCUGUCCUGGUGUGUGAGAGAAGCAGCAGCACAUUCCUGCUCAAGGUCCCUAAAGUUACAGACAACUCCAUUUUUGUAGAUUUUUAGAAAACAUA